AUUUCAACUCUCUGUCAUUUCAACUCUCUCUCUGAACCACCAUCCUUGCUUAUUACAAACAAAACAAAAGCAACACUUUCAAAUGACAUAAAAAAGCUUCUAAGUUAUUCUAAUCACUUUUGAAGCUGUGUUAUUGUAAAAUAAUUAUUAUUAAAUUUUUUAAUUUUUGUUGUUGAUUCGAGAUGCCGGAUGAUGAAUUGGUGGAGCUGAAGUUCCGUAUAUACGAUGGAUCAGAUAUUGGACCCUUUUCUUAUUCACCAACUUCAACUGUUUCUAUGCUCAAGGAAAGGAUUUUUGCUGAAUGGCCCAAAGACAAGAAAAUUAUACCAAGGGCAGCAAAUGAUAUUAAGCUCAUAAAUGCUGGCAAAAUUUUGGAGAACAACAAGACGGUGGGCCAAUGUAGAGUACCUUUUGGUGAGCUUCCUACGGGGGUCAUCACCAUGCAUGUUGUCGUUCAGCCAUCUCUGGCAAAAGCAAAAACAGCUCCACAGGUGUCUCAAGAACAGCCUGUUCAGGAUGAGCAGGUGGAGCAGGAACCUGUCCAAGGUAUGCAGGUUGGACAAGACUGGUAUGCAAGGAUUGAGAUUGAGCAAUUAAGGCAAGGUGCUGAGCAAUUAAGGCUAGGUGCUGAUCGACAAAGGCAAGGACAAAUGCUCGAAUUAUUGUUGCAUCACUUUCAUAUCCAGUAUCCUCCACCCGAUCCACAGAUGUCUCAAGAACAGCCUGUUCAGGAUGAGCAGGUGGAGCAGGAACCAGUCCAAGGUAUGCAGGUUCGACAAGACUGGUAUGCAAGGAUUGAGGCUGAGCGAUUAAGGCAACGUGCUGAGCAAUUAAGGCAAGGUGCUGAGCAGCAAAGGCACAGACAAAUGCUCGAAUUAUUGUUGCAGCACUUUCAUAUCCAGUAUCCUCCACCCGGUCCACAAGUGUCUCAAGAACAGCCUGUUCAGGAUGAGCAGGUGGAGCAGGAACCAGUCCAAGGUAUGCAGGUUGGACAAGACUGGUAUGCAAGGAUUGAGGCUGAGCAAAUAAGGCAAGGUGCUGAGCAACAAAGGAUAGGACAAAUGCUCGAAUUAUUGUUGCAACACCAUCAUAGCCAGUAUCCUCCACCCGGUCCAGAAUAAUUUUGUUUAAUGUGCGUUCUAACUGUUGAAGUUGUUCAUGGUAAAACCCAGCAAAAGAAAAACAAAUCGACUACUCCCUCUAAGAAUGUUCUGUGAAAGCUUCCUUCACAACAAGAAUCUUGUUUUCGGUCACUGAGAUUUUCGACAAUGGUAAUGUAAUCAUCACCUUAAAGUUUGUUGUUCUAACACACAAAACCCAUUAGAUCUGGGACUGGUAUCGUUUUCAGUCAAAGAAAGGUAAGUUUUUAGAUUUAUCUGUAAUGAAAUAGUUAGAAAGUUGCAUCUCAAACAGAAAUGGUGAUGACUGGGAUGCGAAUUUCACCGUUCUAAUUCAUAAAAGUUGCAUCAAAA